AUGAGAUUGCAGUAUGAUGUUGAAGAUGACGGAGGAGGAAAUAAGGAUAAAAAGAAAAGAUCAAGUAAGGAAGAAGAAGAUGAUGACUAACUUAACCUCUAGAGCUCAGGUAACGACGAUGACUCUGAUAGUGAGAUGAAUAAUAAUUAUUUUAACUAUCAAGACAAGAAAAAAAGUGUUUAUACACAAAAUAACUAAUCAUUUAAAACGAAUCAAGAACCAUAUCAGUAGCAAGUAGAUUAUAUGUCUAAAGUAAUUGAGGCCUGCUAAAAAAGUUCAAAUGCCCUGUUGGAAAGUCCCACUGGAACAGGUAAAACUUUGUGCUUACUUACAGCAAGUCUUUCUUGGCUUAAAAAAAUUAGGGAAAGUAAUGAAUUAGAUGAAGAUGAAAUGCCAAGGAUUAUUUAUUGCUCUAGAACUCACUCAUAAAUUUCUUAAGUAAUGAAUGAACUAAAACACACCGCCUAUAAACCAAAAGUAUGUUUGAUUGGUAGUAGAGAUUAACUUUGUGUAAAUCCUACUGUAAAUUAGCAUAAAGGAAUGGCGCUUAAUUCUCAAUGCAAAAAGGUAAGAGAACAGAGAAAAGACUCCCCCCACUGUUGUACAUAUUUCAAAAAUACAGGUGACUCUGUAACACCAAACGGAUUCAAAUGGGAUAUUUAAGAUGUUGAAGAUCUUCAUAAACUUGGCUCAUCAUAAAUAGUGUGUCCUUAUUACCUUCAAAAAUCUCGUAUUUAAUACUCAGAUCUAAUCCUCAUGCCAUACAACUAUUUAAUUGAUCCAAAGAUUAGAGAAAACUUUAAAAUAAAUUAUGAAAACUCAAUAAUUAUUAUGGAUGAAGCUCAUAAUGUCGAAAGAGUAGCUGAAGAUGUGGCAAGUUUUGAAAUUCAUAUCAACCAACUUCACACAGUAUUAGGUGAGCUAAAUGAUUUUGAAAAGGGAAAAUCCAGACUCGACUUUGUUAGCUAAUAUAUUAGAGAUUAUAACUUUGACACAGAAUUUUUUGAACUUUUUGAAAUAGUUUAACAUAAAAAAUUCAAAAAGAUUGAAAAUACAAGAGAUAAAAGAAUCAGAUGGAUCAAAGAUUAUCGUGAAUAUAGAGGCUUAUCUAAUUUUGAGGGUUUAAAGCCCACUAACUUUGGCCAUUGGACUUACAUAUUUGAAAAAGUUAUGGCUGGGCUAACAGAAAGUAACUAAUAUAUUAUUGCUAAUUAUGAUAGAAUAAAAUGGGAGACCUUGUUUAGAAAGAUGGUGGGAUGCGAUGAAAUCAAUCAUUAUUAUGUAUAUAUGAGACAAGAAGAUGUUGAGUUUGAUAAAAAGAGGAGUUAUUCUGAGUAAGAAAAAGAGAAUAGGAUCAGAAGUGCUAGAUCUUUAGGUUUUUGGUGCUUUAAUCCUGGCUUAGGUUUUAAAAAGAUAGUCAACUUAAAGCCAAGAACACUUAUCCUGACUUCUGGUACUUUAUACCCAAUGAAAUCAUUCUCAAAGGAAUUGAUGAUAGGUGUAUAAGGAAACCAAUUAAAUUUUGCUCACAAAUUCAGAGAAUUAGAAACUCCAAUUAAGGAUUUGGGUGAAACAUUAGUUUAAAUAACUGAAAAGACUCCAGGAGGUAUGCUGAUAUUUUUCCCAUCUUAUCAAGUAUUGUCUAAAUUCUAUGAAUUGUGGGAAUAAAAUGGAAUAAUAAAGAAAUUUGAAAGAUUUAAAUCAGUCCUCCAAGAACCUAGAGAUUCAUCUCAUUACAAGUUUGUAAUUACUGCAUUUUAUGAGAAAGUUUAUGAAAGAGGAGCUAUCAUUUUUGCAGUAUGUAGAGGCAAAAUAAGUGAAGGUCUUGAUUUCUCAGAUGAUGCUGCCCGAUGCGUGAUAAUUAUUGGAAUCCCUUAUCCAAUGACUUUAGAUCCAAAAACUAUAUUAAAAAAGCAUUACCUAGACAAGGAGAAUAACAAAUAUACUAGCAGAAAUACUAACUUUAAUGGCUAAUAAUGGUAUUGUUAAUAAGCCACAAGGGCAACAAACUAAGCGAUAGGCAGAGUUAUAAGGCAUGUGUAAGACUAUGGAAAUAUAAUUCUUAUUGAUGAAAGAUUUGAUACUCCGUAAUAAAGAUAAUAAAUAACUAGUUGGCUAAGAGAUAGUGUCAAAGUUUAUUCAGAUGCAUUUGAAGCAAUAAGAAAUUAUGAACUGUUCUAUGCUGAAAUGAAAAAAAGGAACUUUGUUCCUAAAGUUAAAUAGCUUGGCUAAGUUAAACUUGACUUUCCUGAAAUUGAUGACGACUUAAAUUUGAAAGAUACGGUAGAUGAAUUAAAAAGAAGAGCUAAAGAGGAAUCAAAAUGCAAUGAAGCAAAUUUGCAAAUUCAAGAGAUAUUUGACAUCAAAAAAGCUUUAGGGACUCCUAUUCUACUAAAACUAUUUAAGCAAUUCCUUUAAUUAUCUCUUGGGGAUUAGCAUGCUUACAGAAAAAGAUUUAAGUCUUAUUUGACAAUAAAGGAUCAAUCAAAUUCAACCAGAAAUCAUAUUUACAUUUGUAGGCAAAUACUAGAAACUUUAUUUCAACAGGUAGAGCUGACAGAGGAAGAAAAAAAUGAGGCUACAUAUGCUUCAUCAGAUGAAGAAGAUUUAAAAUAGUAAUUCGAGCUCAAUUACAUGAUGCAUCUCAAAAAGUAACUUCUAGCAUUCUUCAUCAAAAGAAUAGACUCUUAUUAAGCAUAGCAAGAUUUCAUUGUAAUGAUAAGUGGCUAUCUUGAAAAAUAUAAUGCAUCAAUUGAACAAAAAGAUGAUCCUUCAGCAAUAAAACUAGAUUCAGAUCUAAUUAAAUCAUAAUUAUCUCAAGCUAAAACCUAUGCUUAAUAAAUAAAUGAAAAAAUUUUUCAAUAAAAACAGAAGAAAAUUGAGAAAUAGUCACAGAAAUAAGUAAAGAAGCUAGUAAAAGUAUCUUAAAAAUAAAAAAAGAAGAAAAAAGUAGACUCUGAAGAUGAUUAUUAACCGACACCAUCAAACUCGAGUGAUCGAACUUUACAUACAGAUAAUGAAGAGAGUCUAAAUAGUGAAGAAAAUAAAGAGUUAUAAGAAUUGAACAAAGAUAUUCAAUGA